AUGGCACUUCCCACCGACCCCAAACCCCUCUACCAAAUCCUCGACUUCGACAUUGACCGCUACCUCAAUCCCUGGAUCCCCCACAACCGCCUCAACUACCUCCCCAAGCCCGUCUCGCGCUGGCUCGGACACCGCUCCUCGCCCGCGAAAGAGCCCUACGCAGUGCUGCAAUGGCCCGUCACAUUCGCAGCGACAGUAGCAGGACUCUGCCUCGUGGGUGGGAUCGGCAAUUACGCCCCGGGAAUCGUAGACUGGCAGCCACCAGUCAUAAUCGCAUCCCUCGGCGCCAGCGCUGUGCUGGACUUCAAUACGAUCAAGUCACCACUCGCGCAACCGAGGAAUUCGAUUGUGGGAAACACGCUCGCGGCGAUUUGUGGAGUGGCUGUUGCGAAGGGAUUUGAACAUUACUCCAGCUUCUAUGCGCCGUAUCCAAACAAUAUCCAAUGGGUCGCAGGCGCUGUGGGUUGCGCGUUGGCAUCAUUGGUCAUGAGUCUGACGAACACGAUCCAUCCCCCUGGCGGUGCGACAGCUGUUCUGGCCUCGACGCAAACGCAGGUCAUCGCGAUGGGAUGGCGCUAUGUCCCGAUCGUUCUCCUGGAUAGCACGCUCAUGGUUAUUGUCGCGUUGAUCUUCAACAAUAUCCUGAGGCAGUACCCGGUGUAUUGGUGGACGGCGGGCGAGACUGGGCGCAAGCUGAGGCAGCAGAGGAGGGCGCCUAAAGAGGAUAAGACAGCGGAUGAGAAUGCGGCAGAGCAGGGCAAGGCAGGCUCUGAUGCUAGCAGUGACACCGACCGCACUCUACACAGGGAGCUGACCAAUCCCUUGGCAAGCGUUGACUUCGUGGACGGGAUUGAGGAUAUUCACAUCCGGCCGUAUAAAAUCCAGAUGCCGCAUCACGUCAAGCUGGGGGAUGAUGAGGUGUUGCUGUUGGAGAAAAUUCAGGAGAAGUUGAGGAUGCAUGGCGAGAUUGAUCCCAGGAGGACGUCGUAG